AUGGGGCCGCUCUUGGCGCGGGACGGCGGCGGGGCCCUCACGAGGCGCCUCAGCAGCAGCAGCAGCAGCAGCAGCGCCAAUAAAAGGCGGAGCGCAUGGCUUGGGAACGUUCUUUUCAAACACUUUUUCCGUAGCACCUUGGACGUAGCUGUGAUUGGCGGUGGAAUUGUGGGGCUGGCGUCGGCCCGGGAGCUGAUUCUGAGGCACCCCUCCCUCGUUUUCGGAGUCCUGGAAAAGGAGGAGGAAUUGGCUUGUCAUCAAAGCGGACACAACAGCGGGGUCAUUCACAGUGGAAUUUAUUACACACCGGGAUCCUUGAAGGCAAAGCUGUGUGUGGAAGGCGCUGCUCUUUGCUACAAAUACUGUGACAGCAAGGGAAUCCCGUACAAGCAGUGCGGCAAGCUCAUCGUUGCGGUUGAGCAUGAAGAAAUUUCGAGGCUCAAAGCGUUAUACAAGAGAGGGCUACAGAAUAACGUCCCGGGGUUGAAACUCAUCACUGCCAAAGAGAUACAAGCAAAGGAGCCCUACUGCCGGGGUUUGAUGGCCCUGGACUCGCCGUACACUGGCAUUGUGAACUAUAGGCAGGUGACCCUCUCUUAUGCGGAAGACUUCCAAGCAGCUGGGGGGACAGUCGUGACUGACUUUGAGGUGACAGACAUAAAGAUGACACAAGAAAGCCCUGCAGGAAGUAAAGAAGGAAUGAAAUACCCCAUUGUUGUUAGAAGUUCCAAGGGCCAGGAAAUCCACUGCCGGCACAUUGUAUCCUGCGCAGGGCUGCACUCGGACCGCCUCUCGCAGAUCAGCGGCUGCAGCCCGGAGCCUCGGAUUGUGCCUUUUCGCGGCGACUACUUGGUGCUCAAGCCGGAGAAGAACUACUUGGUUCGAGGGAACAUUUAUCCGGUGCCCGAUCCCCGUUUCCCCUUCCUGGGCCUUCAUUUCACCCCGAGGAUGGAUGGCAGCGUCUGGCUGGGGCCCAAUGCCGUGCUGGCCUUCAAGCGAGAGGGGUACAGGUUUUACGACUUCAGCCUCCGAGAUUUCGUGGAUGCCACCGCUUACAGUGGCUUGUGGAAACUGGUGUGCAGGAACUUCUCUUACGGAAUGGGUGAAAUGUACAGAGCGUGUUUCCUUAACGCUCAGGUGAAGGGGCUCCAGAAAUUCAUACCCGAAGUUACCAUCAAUGAUAUACUCAGGGGUCCAUCCGGCGUCCGAGCACAGGCCUUAGACAGUGACGGGAACUUGAUAGACGAUUUCGUGUUUGACGGUGGCACGGGAGAGAUUGGCGGCCGAGUUCUUCACGUCAGAAACGCCCCCUCCCCGGCGGCCACCUCCUCCUUGGCGAUUGCAAACAUGAUUGCUGACGAGGUGGAGAGGAGGUUUGAGCUGUGAUCGGAGCCCCCGAGCUGCUGGGCUCUUCUGCCCUGUCGGCGCGCAGACGCUGCGAUGUGAGCGAUGCAGUCACAGACGUGGUAGGGAAAGCUGCUGGUUUGGGAAGAAGCAGCUGGGAAUGGACUGGCCUGCUGGCUUAACGGCGGGCCCGGCAGAAGCCACAAGCAACCCAGGGUUCUGAGAAAUUAAAGCAAAACAGCCGGGCUUACACACACCCUGGGGAUCUGACAGGAAAGAUUGGUCCACUGUGGAUCCACAAGAGUGACUAGAACUCCCCUAUCCCCCUUCUGAGACAAAAUUGUUGUUAUGUGGCAGGGUUUGUAGAGGGAGGGAGGCAAGGCAGUGGGUUCGUGCUGUGGCUUCUUGUCUCUAUUUGUGCACUGCCUUAAGGUCCUCCUUUUGAACAGUGACCGUAUCAUCUCCCUUCCUUCCUUCCCCUCCAUCUGUAAAUCCCCAGAAGAAGACAGAUCAGGGACAUGGUCCAUUCAUGCUGCUGCUGCCACAGGUGGGGACUCUCUGUCUGGGGCACAUUCAUCUCACACUUGGGUCCCGCUCUGUCUAUGCCAGGCCACACAGGGGAUUCAAGACUCCGGGCCAGUCCUGGCAGUGGCAGGAACCCUGCAGCAAGCCCCAAGAAAAGGGUGUCCAUUCUUCCCAGUGCUGGCUCGGCUUCCUUUCCUUCAGCGCUCAGAUGCCAAGCAGAGCACAGGAGGGAACUGUUCUCCGGUGCCUUCGUCUCUCCCGGGAAGUUCCUUGCUGGGAGCUGAGAAGCAGCUCAGUUUUGAAGCGAAAGAACGGUUCGUCUCGGCGAAGAAGGUAAAUUCCGAGUUCCCGCAGGAGGAAAUGUCGUCGUGGCAAAUCAAGUGAUGGCACGCAAGCUAAUAAAGAAAUGGUUUUAAUUGCAUGACUCAGUAUGCUCACGCGUGUAAUCUUCCUGCCGUGGAUGUUCCAGCCACGCAGAGAUUCAGAAUAAAUGAGCAGUGAAUUGAAAUGCAGGGUAUGUUUGUUAAAUGCAAUGCUGUAAAGGUGUACCGGGUUGGCGGGAGCCAACAGCUGAUUAACUGUGGCAAAUCAUUCAAGGCAUUCUUGCAGAGUUUUGUAUGCAGUAGUGGGAGGUAUACGCUUCUGCUUAAAUCCAAAGAUGAUGGGAAACGAUAUUAAAAAAAUUCUUUCCUGAA